CGAUUUGCGAAAAGGUUUAUUGUUUCUUUGCUUUCGGGAGCCGAAACUGUUUGGAAUCUACUCAGCGCUACAAUAAAAUAACGCGUCGGGAAAAAUGGCUGGUGGCAAAGCAGGAAAAGACAGUGGCAAAGCCAAGGCGAAAGCGGUGUCGCGCUCCCAGAGAGCUGGUCUGCAGUUCCCAGUGGGUCGUAUCCACAGGCACUUGAAGACUCGCACAACCAGCCACGGUCGUGUAGGAGCCACAGCAGCUGUUUACAGUGCUGCCAUCCUUGAGUACCUCACCGCUGAAGUACUAGAGUUGGCGGGUAACGCCUCCAAAGACUUGAAAGUGAAGCGUAUCACUCCUCGCCACUUGCAGCUGGCCAUUCGUGGUGACGAGGAGUUGGACUCCCUUAUCAAGGCAACCAUUGCUGGAGGAGGUGUCAUUCCCCACAUUCACAAAUCCCUCAUUGGGAAGAAGGGCCAGCAGAAGACUGCAUAGAUGCCAUGUUGACCAGAAAUUUGGGGGCUUGGGCUUUGAACGGACCAGGAGUUCACCUUUGUUCUUUUUUAUUAUUAAUAUUAUAGCAAACGAAGAGUGAUUGUUAGCCUUUGUGUUUGUUAUAUUUACCAAUAACUAGAUAAAAAGUACAGAAAACCCCUUAAAGACAGUAAACCCUUUGUAUGUUAAUGUAGAGCGUUUGACUGGGGAGUUAAUGAUUAUUUGAAAUGGUGGCAGUGAAUUUGUUUGAUUGGCCUGGCUCUGUGUAAUGUUUUAUACUGAAAAAACAAAUUGUUAAACUGUUUUUUAUAUAAAAGAUCUUGUUUUGUGGUUAUUUUCUCUGAAGUUAUGAUAUUUACUAUGACACAUUUUUAAGGAGAAUUUCUUUUUUGAAAGUAAAUUGGAUAACAGCUAAAUAGUAAGAUGGUGCUUCUUUUCCUUUU